AUGCAACCACAAGGUCGUGCCCACAUCCUUACCCGAGCCUGCAUUGCUCUCACGCUCCUACUAAUCACGGUAAACACCGCGUCGGGCCGCCGCCCGGCAGGCCACAGCCCCCCGCCCACUCCCCACGGCUCCGGCCAGACCAUAACGCUCUACACCAACGGAGGCGCGCCACCAAAUGCCGGCGGCACCCCUUCCUCGAAACACCCUGCCUUCACCAGCCAAGGCCCGAUCGGCCACCCCGGCAGCUGGCUGCGCGCCUUGACGCGGCCUGGGGCGCUCCGCCCCGGCACGGUGACCGUCGUCGAUGAGCAAUUCCACGGCAAGAGAGAGUUUGGGCUGCCCUUGGCUGGGAAGCUGCAGGGCGUUCUUGUCACCAGCUUGGAUGAUAACAGCAGCCGUAUGGUGGCAGUGAAGGCCCUGUUCACCGGCGCUGGCACGCAGGAUAGCAUCAGGUUCUUCGGAGUCCACCGUGAUGGCCAGGAGGAGUGUCAUGUCGCGGUGGUCGGAGGGACGGGAAGGUACGACGGCACCACCGGUUUCGCUGUUAUCAGAGCAGCGGAUGUACCUGAAACAAGCGGAAAUGUCAGCUUCAGCAGGAUUCUUAGUUUCAGUGUGCACCUCAAGUGA